AUGAUAUGUAAGGACAAUUUGCCAUUAUCAUGUGUUGAAAAAAAAGGCUUGCAAAAACUUAUGCGCACAGCAUGCCCUCUUUAUAAACUGCCUUCCAGAAAAAAGGUAACUCAUAUGAUAGAAAAUCGAUAUAAUAGCACAAAAGCAUUUCUUAUGAAAUCCUUGACUGAGCAAAAUUUUUUAUGUUUUACAAGUGAUAUACUUACUCUCACUAAUUCUACAAGGAGCUUCUUAGUAUUAACAGUUCAUUUUAUUGACAACGUUAAGGGAUCGCCUAUCCUUCAAAAUGUAAGCUUAUGUGCGCAGAGACUGACUCAGGCUCAUUCAGGACAGUACGUAAAAGAAUGCUGGGAAGAAAUUUGUGAAGAAUUUCGUAUAGACAAAAAUAAAAUCGUGGCCAUUACAACUGAUGGGGGUGCAAAUAUAGGGGCGGCAGUGCGAUUGUUUUUAGGGAACGAUCGCAGAAUUUCGUGUAUGGCACAUUGUUUAAAUCUUAUUGUUGAUGGGGUGUUAAAAGAAAAUCACGCAUUUUCAGCUCUUUGCGAUCACGUAAAGAGCAUUGUGACAUAUUUUAAACAAUCUGUAAAUGCUAUGGAUCAAUUACGCUCUGAACAAGAAGUAUCUGGAAUGCAAGAAGGGGAGGUGUUGACAUUAACACAAGCCAUCACCACAAGAUGGAACUCGUGCUUUGACAUGUUAAAAAGAUUUAUCACUCUUUCUGCACUAGUAGCUAAAAUUUUAGCUACUAAAAGUCAGACAAGCCGAAAUACCCCCGACAUGGUCGCAACUUCUCAAUUAAAUAUUAUACGAGAUAUUGUGGCUAUUUUAGGCCCAUUCAAAGAAGCCACGGAAGAAAUAAGUGGGGGUAAUUAUGUGACUUCCAGUUUAGCCAUUCCGGUUACAAAUUUGAUUCGCCAAGCAGUGGAAACUAUAAGUCCAUCUACAAGUUUGGGGCUAAUUGUUAAAGAGGCUCUUCUCAAAAAAGUUCAAGAAAGACUGGUACCUUUACAAGAAAAUUCAUAUUUGUCCGCAGAAACAAUAUUAGAUCCGCGUUUUAAAAAAAUUCAUUUCAAUUCACCAAUUGCGGUUUCACAUGCCAUAACCAAAAUUAGUAAUGAUAUUCGCAGCGAACACCGUCGCAGGGGUCAACUUUCCCCUGAUCUUAGAACGAUCCAAAUAGAUAAAGCGCAAGAAAAAACUGAGAGUUCAAUUUGGUCUGGGCAUGAAAAAUUAUUAUCCCAAUCAACAAUCGUGCCCGAGGUCCCGAGCUCUGGCUCUGUGCCCAAUGAACUCAAGCAAUAUCUUGAUCAACCUCUCCUUGAGAGAAAGGCUGAUUCAAUAAAAUUUUGGACAAAUUGCCAACAUUUUACGCCAGUUCUUUCAGAAGUUGCCCUUAAAUACUUAAUUUGCCAGGCUUCUUCGGUCUCUUCUGAAAGAGUUGCAUCAGCUGUGAAUAUAACUGUACCCGACAACAGAAGCCGCUUGACAGGAGAGCACGUCAAACAGAGAGUGCUACUAAUGUCAAUUUCGGAUGAAUAUUGGUUUGAUUAA